CGCUCGCUCCCAACUCUCCUUCCCUUGCCAAAGCAUGGCUGUGGUCUCACUGUCCCUACCCCCAGCACCCCCCAGCGACUCCGCCCUCCGCCGCUCGUUGCUGUCUUCGUCGUCGUCGUUGUUCUGCAUCGCCAGAUCUGACCGCGCCGCCGUGUGCUAGCGCAUCGCACCACCCCGGUCGACACUACUUCCAGGACAGGCUGGGUCGGGAAUUGCCAUUGGCACUCCAACUCACUUCACCGCACACAGCAUUCGACGCUGCUCGCUCGCCUGCGACGACCUGCGCAUACAGGAGCCGUGUCGGCCCUACUCCGCGGCACUUUUAACGACCGCUACGAUUCACACGACCGUCACGACCAGCGAGCUGCCGUGUACACGACCUCUUUGCAAUCGCGUUUAGAGCACGCUUCUGCUGUUGAACGAUUACGAUUACACGACCUCUCGCGACCCUCGAGCUCUUCCGGCAGCGUUGGAAGUCACAGUCUCCGCCGCACCGCGCGCUUUGAAGAACCCAGACCUUCUCGCUUGCGAUCCACGUCAGUAGACGCUCCCGUCCGGACAGAGCCCUCGCCCACGCGCUUUCGCGAAGAGUCUCCUCCCCCGCGAGCACAGACAACUCCACCAAAGGCGGCGUACCAUCGCAGGGCCACCAGUGCGCAGUACAGCACUUCGACAACACACCCGGCACUUCGCAUCUCGAAACGAACCCACUCGGCCAUCCUUUACGCGCUCGAAGAGGCCAUUCGUAAACCGAAUCCCUUCACGACAGACGAGGACGAGGAGUACGCUCUAAUGUCAGAUCUCGGCGGCGGCAGUGCCGGUCGAGCAUCCAAUGGCGGUGCACGAACAGCAGGGCCAGUACCUGUAGGAGGCGCUGCACAGAUACGGACUCCCCGAGAUGUCAUGAGAGAGCGAAAUGCCCGUGAGGCCAGAAGGCAGGAACAGCAGAAAGAAGAAGAGCAAAGGAGAGUGGCAGAGGAGAGGAGAAGGAGUGCAGAGAGGAGAGCGGCCACAGUGCCCGGAGCUGCACCAAGAUUCAGCAACACCUCAUCACAGUACAGUCCUGAUGUUCGCGCUCAGGCUGGCUUUGACGAUCCUGCAGCGGAGAGGAGGCAAAGUAGAGUUGCUGGGGAAGUGGCAGGCACGAGCAUGCUGGGCGAACCGACUGGUAGAGUCAGUCAGGAUCCACCCAGCAGAGAUCGAUCACAAAGUGCCUCACGGCCUGAGCCACUACGGCCGACUCCAGCAGCCACGAGGAGAACGCAGCAGCCCAACCAACCAAGAGCUGCUCCUGCCACAACAGCGGGAGCCACAGCAGGCCCAUCAGCAUCACUGCCUGGCUCGAGUACGGCACCCGGUGAAGGCGCUCAGCGAAGCACGCAGUCCUCUUUCCCACACGCGUUCGAGAGAUGGGAAACACUGUCGUCACAUUGGGAGGGUCUCACCUCGUACUGGCUGCAUAAGCUGGAGCAGAACACAGAGGAGAUCAAGGACAAGGUGCCCACAGCGUCAACACUCGCUCGACAAAUCACAGAUCUGUCGGCUGCUGGUGCGAACCUCUUCCACGCCGUGGUCGAGCUGCAGCGGCUGCGGGCCAGUAGUGAACGCAAAUUCCAGCGCUGGUUCUUCGAGACUCGCGCCGACAAUGAGCGGAAUCGUGAGCUCCAAGCCGGCAUGGAGAGGCAACUGAACAUCGAGCGCAAGGCAAGAGAGGACACUGUCCUUCAACAAGCAGAAGCCGCACAAGCGGUGGAGAACGCCAAACGCGAAGUUGCCGAAAUGAGACGAGAGCUCAUGAUCAGCAAAGAUGAAGCACGUCGUGCAUGGGAAGAGCUGGGCAGACGGAACCAAGAAUCGCUCGACACCGCACAGAGCCUUAAGGAGGGCCGCAUCACGGUGGUCAGCGGAGUGCAGGUCGUGCCAUAUUUUGGUCAACCGAGCAGGACGGGUAGCGCAAGCCAAGGAGGACAGCGACCCGUCACCCGGGAUGGUCCUCAGCCAGGAUACUCAAGCGCCGGCUUUUCCGCAGGUGCUGCUGGGCUGGCAACUCCAGGUGACGACGAGCGACAGUACUAUCGCGAAGAAGGUCCGUCGCCGACGAAUACCGACCCCUUCACAGAAAGUGGUCGACAACAGCCUUUGCACCACGAGCCAGGGAAGCCAUCACUUGCGCAGGGAACAUACUAUCCUCCCAGUGGUUCAUCUACCUCGCAGCCAGCAUCGACCUCGGCAGCGAGACCUGGCGCAGCUCAAACAUCAACAAUGAGUCCGGAACGCUUCUAUCAGCAAGGUGGCCCAUCGACUUCGUUGCAUGCUUCACAAGCAGAUCCGUCCCGACCUGCAGCGACAAAUAUGCCGCCACCAGCCCGAGCAGAUACCAGGUCGCAACCUCGCUCGGAAGCCGAGUCAUACGUCUCCACAGAAUACGAGCUCGAUCACACUGGUUCUUUCCGGCUGGACAGCCAGGGAAAUAGAAUCCCAUAUGUGGCUCGGCCUCAGCAGGGACCGAGCGACGUACGCAGUGAGAACAGUGAGGACGACUAUGACACUGAACAAGCUGUGCGUCGAGAGCGAGAGCUGGCAGCUCAGUACGGCGGAGGCAUGAUUCCAGAGGCACCCUCAAUACCAUCAACGAGUGCUGCAGCAAUGGCUGCCGGCUAUGUCCCGACUACAGGUCCCUCGGAGCCUGAUUACGAAGGCGCCGGGUACGAAGACUACCAACAGCAAGUGCCUUACCAGAUGCAAGGUCGCCAUCACCAUCCGACGAGACUAAGCGAUGUGCUCGAGGAAGAAGAGGAGCGAAGUAGCCGCCGUACUGGAGAUUAGUCGUCUUCAGCACCAUUUCCGACCGCUUCGACCCUCGAAAGCGAGAGUCAUGCGCAGAAGAUGAUCUGGCAGGAGGCUGCGCACACGAGUCAUUCCUAUGAUCAGCAGCAGGUCAGCAACGAUCAGCCGAACGAGUUCCAGCAAAGAUGCAUGACAUGGCAAGACGCCAUCUCACUUGCGCCGACUCCGUCGCGACGACGAGCACCAGCGUCAGCCGCAGGAGCUCAUCCGAAGAAGAAGCGGAUCAUCGUCAAUGACCCGAGAGAGCUUUUGAUGAGCUGGCAAGACGCAGUGAGAAACGGUCCAAAGAUCGAGAGGACGGCUACGGCGCCCAACAUCACCCUGACCAGUGCCACUGCUACAUCUCCUCGCUCGCCAGGUCCUGCUGACAACGCCACCUCUGCACGUUCGAGCAGUGAUAGCGCUAGUUGCUCUUUUCUGCGGCCUUCUACUGCUCUCAGGAUGAUGCACGGGCGGAGCAGGACGAUGGGAUGAUGAGCAAUUGUCUCUUCACACCGAACCGAUGGACCGGUCCAAGAUUGGGCCACACCAGACACACCAUUCUUCUUGAGUUUUUCCCUUUCUGUAUGUCUGGUGGCUUUAGCGCAUGUUUUGAUUGAGAGAGGGCUUCUCUGGAUUAUUUGCUCUGCAUAGCGCUUUGUUCGGCUCUUUGUGCAUAUCAGCGUGUGCUUUACUUUUCCUUUCUCUGAGCGAGGCGGAAGUACGCGAGAGAUACCUCUGAUGCGAGUGAGUUGUUGUAAGAAUGGGUGUACGCAUAGCAUAGCGUGGCAAUAAGGGAAGCGAAAUGGAUGGAUGCAGUAUAAAUGGGCACCCUAGGGGCUUUAAUGUUUGUGAGUGGUAGGAUGGUAACUAUGUAUAUGGACUGUAAUGAGAAUUGAGUGAGAAG